GGGUGUUUUAAUGCAUGUAAAGCUGAUUAUUAUUGCAGGAUUAUUAUAACUGCACAGACAUUUCUCUGAAAACUGCACCAUCUAUCAGAGUGGCAGUUCAGUCGAUGCACACAACCACUUUGCAUCUCCUAAUAAUAGACCGGUCUAAAUCCUCUUAAGUUCAAACCACAUAAGUUGCUUUCCCCAUGUGCCGUCUUCACAAAAACGUGCAAAGCCGUGUGGGAUAAGAAGCAGAGAAUGAUCAGGAUGUUGGAUCUUGAUGGUCUCUCUGGUGCCUCAAACUCUCAGAUGGGUGAAUGUAAGUGUUCUUAGUUUUUUAACGCUGUAUACCACAGGAUACAUCCACCCAUGGAUGACCUGGUGGGUGUGGACAGCUUGGUGGCCAACACAGCCUACCUAAGAGCCCUGGAGGUUGAUCGGAACAAGCUGAGAAUGCAGCGAGUGCCCCUGACGCUGCCCAAGCCAAAGAAGUCCACUGCUCCUCGGACAGCAGCCGAGAAGACAUACGAGUCGCUCUGUGAGCAGCAGCCUAUCGGGAGAAGGUUGUUUGAGCAGUUUCUCCUGACUUCUGACCCACAGUGUGUGGCUGCUGCUGAGUUCCUGAAGGAGCUGAGCCACUGGAGCUUUGCUGAGGACGGAAACAAAGACAAGACUAAACAGAGGAUACUUUCAAAGUUCUGUCAGCCUCAGUCUCACACGUUCCUCUCCUACCUCACAGCAGAGGAUGUGAAGAUGAUCAUGGCUCUCGCAGGAAAAAACGAUGAGGCAGCCAUGGAGCAGAUGAGAGAUGCAACCAGAAAUUACCUGAAAGGAAAACCUUUUUUGGAGUACCUGAAAAGCCCCUUCUUUUACCACUUUCUGCAGUGGAAGGAAUGUGAGAGGCAGAAGAUUACUGACAGAUAUUUUUUCGAGUUCAGGACUUUGGGCAGAGGUGGCUUUGGUGAGGUGUGUGCAGUACAGGUCAAACACACGGGUCAGAUGUACGCCUGCAAGAAGCUGAAUAAAAAGCGUCUGAAGAAGAAAGGAGGCGAGAGACUGGCCCUUCUGGAGAAGCAGAUCCUGGAGAAGGUCAACAGCGCCUUCAUUGUAAACCUGGCCUACGCCUACCAAAGCAAAAACCACCUGUGCCUGGUUAUGAACUUGAUGUCAGGGGGAGACCUCGGCUUUCACAUCUACGAGUUGGGCAAGAGAGGCAUCCGCAUGGAGCGAGUUGUUUAUUACGCAGCCCAGAUUGUCACCGGCAUCCUCCACCUGCACUCUAUGGACAUUGUGUACCGAGAUUUAAAGCCUGAGAACGUGCUGCUGGAUGGGAAGGGCCAGUGCCGACUGUCAGACCUGGGACUGGCUGUGGAGCUGCCCAAAGGAAAAAUGAUCUGCCAGAGGGCUGGUACGACUGGCUACAUGGCUCCAGAGGUUCUGAAGCAGGAGUACUACCGCACAUCUGUGGACUGGUGGGCUCUGGGUUGCAGCAUUUAUGAGAUGGUGGCUGGUCGUUUGCCUUUUAAAGACUUCAGGGAGAAGGUGCAGAGCAGCGAGGUGACUCGUCGCACUCUGGAGGAUGACUGCAAGUUUGAAGACAAGCGCUUCGAGGGUCCAACCAAAGAUAUAAUCAACCACCUCCUCAAGAAGAAGGUUCUGUUCCGCCUUGGUUGCCGUAAAGAUGACGACCCAAGGACUCACACGUUCUUCAAGAGUAUCAAUUUCAACCGUUUGGAAGCGGGGCUGGUGGAGCCCCCCUGGGUGCCAAAACCUGAUGUGGUUUACUCCAAAGACACUGAAGACUUUAGGGACAACUCUGAGAUCAAGGAUGUCAAGCUUGAUGCCAAGGAUGAGAAAUUCUUCAAAGAGUUUAGCACAGGCGCAGUCUCAGUCUGCUGGCAGAGGGAAAUGAUUGACAGCGGAGUAUUUGAUGAAGUGAAUAAGCCUGAAUUGAAUGGACGUGGCCUUGAGAAUGUGUGGACAUCCAGGAUGUGCAUCAUUUUGUGAGAUUCUGCUCACCUGACCAGCAUGUGUGACUUAUUUAUUGGAAAAAAAUAUGAAGUGGAAUUUUUUAAUAGUUUAAGUGCAAUGUGCUAAAUGAAGCUGCUCAAUAUUACGUCAGGCACUUGCCUUUAUUCUAAAGAUCAUGGGAUUCCUUUUCCAUAGUAUUCCUAGAAAGUUAUUUGUAACAAAAUGUCAGGGAAUAAUGCUGUCAGAACCAAGAAUAAUGUAACCUUCGCAAAAGUUUAGUAGAAAGAAAAUGGCAUUUAAGUAUGUGUAGGGAUCAGCUGCCUCAUGCUUAGCCCUUUAUUCCUGGUUAGAAAGUCUGUCCCAGUAGAAUCAUUGUUUCCAUUACAUCAUGCACCCAUUGCAGCAGGCAAUUGUUUGCAUCUGUUUGUAAACAAGCUGUUGUGGGUACCUUACAAAUUUAUGUGUUAUUGUUGGUAUUAGCAGGUAAAUCUUAUGAUUCUCAUGAUCAGUAAUGUGCCAAAUACUAGAGGAGCCUUUUGGCAGCGAUAAGGCAAAGCCUGAUUUAAUAUAAUCUAUGUAAAUCCUCUCACUGGCUGAGAUUCACCACUAAGUGCCGCCAAACACCAACAAAGUGCAAGAGGCCUCCUGAUCACUUCUUUGUAACCCCAUUACUUUGACUGUGUUGUUCUGGUAUUUACCAGGAUUUUGUAAUUUUAUACAAAAAAAUCCAGAUAAUAAUAAAAAAUACAAAUAAAUUAUUCACACACUUGGUCCCCCCAUAGGCUAUGUUAGUGGAGUUAUAAUUUUAGCAUCAGCUAACCAUUUAAAGUGUUACACAUGUUUAGAAAUAGUUUUAGCUGCCAUUACAAACCGAUAGCUAAAAAUAUCUUCUACUUAAUUUAUGUAUAUUUUUUACAAUAAGAUUUAUAUAUAAAAAGCAUCAUCAUCGUUGUUUUCUAGCUGGAAAUGUAAAAUAAUCCUGUCUUAGAAGUGGAAUAAGACUUUUCACCUUUAAAGUCGUAGGGAAGUCAUAUUUAAAUUUCAAAUCAAUCUGGCUUAAACAUGUAUAUAAAUGUACUCUUUA